UUCCCUGCAAGCUUUAGAUACCCAGUGGAAUUGAUUUCUUGUUUGAUCUCUCCUGACGGGAUGGUGUUGACCUUGCUGAAAGCAAAACCAGAGAGGAAGCUUGUGAAACAGAUUUGCAAAGUUGUAUUGGAUCAUUUUGAAAAGCAGUAUUCCAAAGAACUUGGAGAUGCAUGGAAUACAGUAAGGGACAUACUAACAUCUCCAUCUUGUUGGCAAUAUGCUGUUCUUCUUAACAGAUUCAAUUACCCUUUUGAACUGGAAAAGGAUUUACAUCUGAAGGGCUAUCACUCACUCUUUCAAGGAUCUUUACCCUACUAUCCUAAAUCAAUGAAAUGUUACCUUAGCAGAACUCCUCACAGAAUGCCUUCAGAAAGACACCAAAUUGGAAACCUAAAAAAAUACUGUCUCCUGAAUGCCGCCUCCCUUCUCCCAGUACUGGCUCUGGAAUUGAGGGAUGGGGAGAAGGUUCUGGAUCUGUGUGCCGCCCCUGGAGGCAAAUCUCUAGCUCUGCUGCAGUGUGCUUAUCCAGGUUAUCUUCAUUGUAAUGAAUACGAUAGUCUGAGAUUGAGGUGGCUGAGGCAGACGUUAGAAUCUUUCAUCCCACAGCCUUUGGUAAAUGUAAUUAAAGUGUCUGAAUUGGAUGGCAGAGAAAUGGGAGAUGCCCAGCCUGAAACCUUUGACAAGGUAUUAGUUGAUGCUCCAUGUUCAAAUGAUCGAAGUUGGUUGUUCUCUUCUGAUUCUCAGAAGGCUGCCUGUAGGAUAAGCCAAAGGACAAAUUUGCCUCUUCUACAGAUAGAACUCUUGAGGUCUGCAAUUAAGGCCCUACGUCCUGGGGGGCUGCUUGUAUACUCUACGUGCACACUUUCCAAGGCAGAAAAUCAAGAUGUGAUCAGUGAAGUUUUAAACUCCUACAGUGACAUCGUGCCUGUGGACAUUAAGGAAAUGGCAAGGACUUGCUCCCAAGACUUCACAUUUGCUCCCACUGGCCAGGAAUGUGGGCUCUUGGUGAUUCCAGAUAAGGGUAAAGCCUGGGGCCCAAUGUAUGUUGCGAAACUGAAAAAAUCAUGGACGACUUGAAAUUGGAGAUAUGCCUUUUGGGAACCGUUACAUUGAUAACACAUGCAUGUAUUAUUAUAUUUCUUUUUCUAGUCUCUCUGCAUGUUAAUAUUUAAAUAAUAAUGAAUUCGCUGGAUCUGAUUGGAAUCCUAUUUAGUUAAUGUGGCAUUUCAGAACUUUUCAGAUGUAUUUUUUUCCUAGAAGUGUUUCUAUAGUAAUGAUUUAAGAUGCUGCAGAUGGUGUUUGUGCUAUAUAAUAAAUCUCUACUGUCUUUAAAA